AUGAACACCAGCGCCUUCACCACUUACGUGCAGUCCAAGAUGGAGGCUGCGAAGGAGAUCAAGGACGAGGAGAAGUUGUACAGAUACAACGGGGUGUUGUACCCCUGCCUCAUGUGCCCAGAGGAGAACUUAAAGGCUCUGGAAGACAUCGAGGCCAGAGAGGACGACAUCAUGCUGGUGGCUUAUCCCAAAUGUGGUUUUAACUGGAUGGUGGGUGUGGUAAGGAAGAUUAUCACAGAGGCCACAGGGAUGAAGAUAGAAUCAAGGAUGCCGCCACUGAUCGAGUUUUUUGGACCGGAUGUCAUAAAGGCCCUGGGUGAGACUCCCUCCCCGAGGUUUCUGGGGACCCACAUGCACCCCGACAACAUCCCUGCCUCCUUCCAUACAAAGAAAAGUAAAAUGCUGGUGAUCUUCAGGAACCCUAAAGACACUCUGGUGUCGUUCUAUCACUUCUCCAACAACAACCCGGUCCUCCCAUCCGUGGAGUCCUGGGAAUCCUUCUACUCCCACUUCAUGAGUGGAGACGUUCCCUGGGGGUCAUACUUUGAUCACGCUCUGGCCUGGGAGAAGAGGAUGGACGACCCCAACGUUAUGAUCGUCACCUAUGAAGAGCUAAAACAGGACCUGAGCGAGGGCGUCCGUCAGAUCAACACCUUCUUUGGCUUCAGCCUGACGGAGGCUCAGGUGCAGCAGAUUGCAGAGGGGAGCACCUUCAGCGCCAUGAAGAAGAGCUCCACCAACUCCCACGGUACUCUGGGAAACGUCAUCUUCAGAAAAGGUGAGGUCGGUGACUGGAAGAACCACUUCACUCCAGAACAGAGCCAAGAGAUGGACGACGCCUUCAAGAAACACCUGGCAGGAACCAGGCUGGGAGCCAAACUCAACUACCAACGGCACUGUCAGUAGGAAGCGAGAGAAGAAGAAAAGAAGGGGAAAGAGGGAGGGAAAGUAUGUAGAAGAAAAGCUUGGGGGACUUUUCUGCCCUGAGCUGAGACAGACCUCAGACAGACCUCCCUCUCGAGCACUGCACAGAUGCUUCUUCACCUGGUCGCUAGAGGAGGUUCUUUGGAGGCAGUUCAGGGCCAAAAGUACCUUUAUCACAGGCUCAGAGAAAGAAGGAAUAAAAUUAAGAAAGGGAGGGAGCAAAAAGAAACAAGUGUUUGUCUUAUUAACUGCAACCUGUGAACUACAGAAAACAUUAUAAGAAUAGUUUCACAUUUUUGGAGAUCAAGACCAAGAAAUACAGAUUAAACAAAUGAGACAUAAAAAUGUAAACACAUAGCAGUUGAAUUAUCUUUAUACUGGCAGUUACCUGAACUCAGGUUUAUGGAAACACUCACAGUCUUUAUUCUGGUUGUGAAACUGUGGCUUUCAAACACUACUGUGAUGAGAUUAUCGGGUAUUAUAAAUGUGCACAAUCACUGUUUCUGCUGUAUGUUACAUGCAGUGCAUUCAACUGUACAUGAUCAAAGUAAUGAAAU